AUUGUGACAUAUGUGUGACAUCUUAAUGACAACAAAGUCAUGAAAGUAAUUUUUUCAAACAAGCAGUCACAAAGUAUUAAUGAAGUCAAUUUUAAUUAACUUUGUUAGCAAGAUGUGUUUGCCAUUUAAUGCGAAAUUAACAUUGAUAUUUGUGUGAUAGUUAAGUGGUAAAUACCGAGGAUUUUUUUUUCCAUUUAAACCUUUUAAAUCUACUGAUAAGUGAAUAAAAUAAUUACUUUAAAAUGGAAGAAACGAUUACAUUACCAAAUGAAAUCAACAGAUUGUGCAGGACUUGCAUGACCGUCGCUUCAGAUGAUGGACAAUUCUGUGAAAAUGCUCUAUUUGAAGAAUUCCAGCUUACUUACUUGGGAAUUAUGCUCCAGGAUUUGACUUCAUCUGAGAUAUCCAAUGAUGGAUUACCUACUGUUUUAUGUGAUGCUUGUGUUAAUCAGUUAAAGCAAGCUUAUUACUAUAAAAAACAGUGUGAUGAAGUUAAGUCAAAUUUAAAAGAGCUGUUGAUGUUAUUUGAUGGUAAUGAUACUAACUGUGAAGAAGAAUUUGAAGAAUCGAAACUAAUGGAAUCAGAAAAUUUUAAAUUCUCUCUUGCAGAUAAUACAAAUGAGUUUGUAUGCAAAAUAUGCGCAAAGAAAUUUGAUUCAAGAUACAAACUUAGUAGAGACAUGAUUGAACAUAAUAAAAAUAAGAAUCUAUUAGUUAGAUAUCAUGAAGGUUCAGCAGAAGAUACUAAAGAGAAUAUAAUAAUAGAAAGAGUCAUUUCAGACGAAAUUCUAAAUUUAGUAAAAACUAGAAAGAAUGAUUGCAUUCAAGCCAAUAAUUCCCCUUUUGAAAUAGAAAUGAGUGACAAAAAUUACAAAGCUUUGGAAGAUAACAUUAGUCAAGAUUUAGAAAUAGAGGAUGUUAACUAUUCAGAAAAAUCCAGCAAACCUAUUAUUAAGAAAAUUGUUUUUCUUUCAAAUCUUGAUUCUAUUAACAAUACAGAAAUUAUAAGAACUGAUCAAACAGCUAAUAAAAACUUAAAGAAAAUUCUCACACCAAUAACAUGUAAACAUUGCAAUAAAAAGUUUUCAGACAGAAACAAAUGCAAAUUACAUUAUUGUAUGAAGAAGCAAAAUAAAAAUGAUGAUGCAAAUGAUGAUAACUUAGCAGAACAUCCAACAAACUGUGACUUGUGUAACAAAGUAUUUCCAAACAGUUUAAUGGUUUCUAUACACUUCAUAUAUCAUAUUUUAUUGGAGGAAAGUAUUAAAAAUUCUGAAUUACUUCAAGAGUGGAUAUUUUGUAACUUUUGUGGACAAGUAUUUGAAACUGAGGAAGGUAUGGAUGAACAUAAACAAACAAAACAUGAUCAGUCACUUAAUUUUCCUUGUGAACGAUGUGGCAUUUCAUUUGAUAAAGAUAUGGAUUUAAUUCUUCAUGAAGAUCAAGAUCAUGCAGACUAUGACUUGAAAGACACUUAUCAAUGUCCCAUUUGUGGUGAUUCUUUUGAAAGUAAACUGCUACUUUUAGAUCAUGGUGUCAAUCAUUUGAUGAAGAAAAUAUGUUGUCGUGCAUGUCGUUUAGAAUUUUGCACUCAAGCAAGUCUAAAUGAGCACAUGAAAAUUCACCCACGAUAUAAGUAUGUCUGUAAUAUUUGUGGUAAAUGUUUGAGCAGUAGUGGAGCUCUGAAAUCGCACAUGAUGGGAAUUCACAAUAAAGACUCUCUGUAUAUGUGUACAACAUGUGGUAAAUGUUUUAAGACAGGUAAUCGCCUACGUAUCCAUAAAGAAAUCCAUAGUGCACAUAAGAAGUAUAUGUGUUCAUAUUGUGGAUAUCGUUCUCAUAAGAGUGGCGAUUUGAAACUUCACUUAAGAAUUCAUACUAGUGAACAUCCAUAUAAAUGCACCUUUGUUAAUUGUAAUAGGGUGUUUAAGACUUCCAGUCACUUUAAUCAGCACAUUCGUCGUCAUUUGGACAUCAAGCAGUAUCAGUGUUCAUACUGCUCACGUAAGUUUAGUCACAGUUACACUCUUAAAUUACACAAAAUGAGGCACACUGGAGAAAAACCACACUCCUGUAUAAUCUGUCAUGUGAAAUUUCGAAGAAGAGAUCAUCUAAGAAUCCACAUGAAGCAACAUGAGAAAUAAAGUAUCUCUUAAUGGUAACUUUAAAUCUUUCACUUUUGUAAACAAUUUUUAUCAUUUGUAUGCAGUAAUAUUAGAUAGCUAUAAUAGAAUGCAAAGCGGGUUUUACUUCUUUUUCUACAAUGGAGAAGCCAUAACUCAACAAAAAAGUUCAAAAUUAUCUUUUUUAAUCAAUUUACUUUAAAGCAAAUAAAAGAAAAAGGACUUAUCCCAAUUAAUCAUUAGCAGAUAUGAGCAAAACAUAUGUCUACGUUGAUGAAAAGUGUUCUAGUUUAUUGGGGUAAGUCCUAAAGCAGAAUUUUUUAUAAGUCACAACUUAUGACUUUUGUAAAGUAACUGCCAGAUAACUACAUAAAUAAACAAACAUGAGGUCAAUGGACAUUUUUCAACAAAAAAUGUAA